CACACACAGUAGCUGAAUAUGCAGAGCUAGCGCGCAAAUAUUAACUAUUAAGCUAGCUAGUACCUAUUCCAUUUAUGUGGCGUCGUCAAAGAUGGAAUCAGCAUGCAGAUGAUGGUAGAGACAUAUCUGGCCUGACAGGGCUGGAGGAAGUGAUCCUUUCAUCCUGUGGAGUGAAGGUGGUGGAGGCCAAUGCUUUCAGGGCUCAGGGGGCACUAAGAAGUCUGGAUCUAUAGAAGAACAAACUGCGUCAGAUCCUCUGUGGUCUCCCACCAAGCCUGGAGACCCUCAACGUGGGCCACAACAGAAUCAAAGGCCUCCAGGAAUCAGUCUUUGAGGGGCUGAGUAAACUACAUCUGCUUGAUCUUCAGAACAACCAUAUCACCAACCUGCUAAACACCCUUGGAGGGCCUUUACCUGGAUGGAAAUAAAAUUGAGAUGGUGCAAGAUGCUCCGAGACUCCUCCGACUGAAUCUGUUUAGGUUGGGGAACAACAAAAUCCCCUCUUUUGCCUCAGUCUUUUUCACGUUAGUACAGUCCCUGAUGACGCUGCAUUUGCCAGGGAACCUCCUAUCAAGAUUCCCACACAAUCUCCCUCACGCCGUGUCCUACCUGAACUUGGACAGGAACCAAAUACGAGCACUGAGGAACCGAGAGAUCUCUAUCUGCAUCCUACAAUAGGUUGGUUUCUUAGGACAGUAAGGCCUUCGCUUUCCCAAUCUCACAGUGCUGGAGCUACCAGGAAACCGUCUGAGGGUGCUUUCCAGUAGACUGAGCCCCAAACUGGAGAGACUGCAGUCAGAACUCCAUCCAGGAAGUCACCUUCCACCACCUGCCUGGAAUGAAACAGCUGAAGCAUCUCUUCCUGGAGAAUAACACCAUUUGGAACUUCGAAGCUAAUGCUUUGAGUAACAGCGUUCACUUAACCAACCUGGCACUGGAAUGGAACCUCUUAUCCUCCAUUCCAGAUGGGCUUCCAGAGUGUCUUUUCCAUCCGGACUUGAAAGGGAACUGCAUUGAGGACAUCCAAGAGCAGGAGUUGAGGUCCCUGAAGUGUCUGCAGGUGUUGAACCUCCGGAUGAACAAGCUGACCUUCCUCCCCCAGAUCACCCUGGACCUGUUUCCCCGGCUGAGGACCCUCUACUUGGACCCCUGGAACUGCAGCUGUGAGCUCCUGAGGGUCAAGAGGACCCUGCUGGCCAGGAGGAUGGAGAUCUCUGAUAAGCUGUGUAAUUAGCAGUUACUGUGCCAUGGGACAGCUGGAGAGCGUACCUGAUGGCCCAAGACAAGUGUGAGGAGUACUUCAAGGAAACCACACCUGAGGACCAAGUGGAGCAGACCAACACUGAGCAGUAAUAUGAUUAUGAUUCCUAGCUGGAAAAAAUAGAUGUAAAAGGGGCAUUUCAUGUUUAGCAGAACAUGCUGGGUAUGUUUUGUCUUUUGAAUGUUUUAACAUGUAUUAGUGUAGUUUGGUAUUGACUACUAAGUGAUAGGUUUGGUUUCUGAGCUUUAACUAUUAUUAAUCAUUAGUUAUAAAGGAGACAUGAGGGGUGCCAUAAUGACACUUGGGAGGGGCUGAGUGCAGGGAAAACGGUCACAUGUGGCAGUCCUUAUAAGGGGAGGAACUGUUUAAGGCCAAUAUCACUCAGCUCCCCGCCUUGCAAAAAUUACACAAUGUUUAGCGAUAAGGAGGAGACUCCAACCAAAGUGGGGUAUGUAUACUACCACGGGUGAAACCAUGUCUUUGUCUAAUGCGUUUGCGUGUCCCCAGGCACUCUCAUUUAUUGAGUUCUGUAACUGAAAAGCCUUGGUUUCAUGCAUGUUAACAUCAGAAGCCUCCUCCCUAAGUUUGUUUUACUCACUGCUUUAGCACACUCCGCCAACCCUGAUGUCCUUGCCGUGUCUGAAUCCUGGCUUAGGAAGGCCACCAAAAAUUCUGAGAUUUCCAUCCCCAACUACAACAUUUUCCGUCAAGAUGGAACUGCC